AGCAACAAUCAUCAACACAAAACUAAGCAUUAUAUACCAAUUGAGAGAGAGAUCAUAUCAUAUAUUAUAAGAUGGCUGGUUUAUUGAGAAACAUCUUUGGUGGGAAUGAUGGUGGAAACAAUGGAACUGUUGAUGCAUUUAACAACACUUGCGGCCAUCAAGAUUUCGAUGAGGCUGAAUUCAAAACUGGUGCAACAGUUACCAAUGGAGGUUACACUAGCCACCGUAACAACGGAACUAAAAAUGCAUUCAACAACUCAUAUGGAGGAACUCAGAAAUUUGGAAAGGCCAAAUUCGAUACCGGAGCCAGGAUUGGAAAUUAAUGGGCUUCUCCAAGUUACAUAUAUACAUAUAAUAUGUAUAUGUGUGUGGUUAUGAGUAGUAAUAUUAAUAAAAUAAAGUGUUUUAAUUAUGUUUAUGUGUAUCUUGUGAACUGUAUUACUGGGAACUAAAUAUGAAAUAAAACUGGUAAUGUUUACAUA